AUGGAAGAUGCUUCCACUUGCACGGCUUGCUACUUGUGUGGCCAAGAAUUUGGCGCUUCUGACCGUGUUUCUUGGCUGCCAUCUACAGUUGAGUUGUGCGUUGAUGCAUUGAAUCGAGAUGAUGCUCCAGCCGGUUAUGAUGUCGUUGUGACACAAGUGAAGAAGGGGGCUACGGUGGAUUCGGCAUGUUUCUACACAGUGCGUGGCUCUUUCAAUGGCAUCAAGCAACACGAGCUGAAGGAGGCAAUGGGUCAGCACGAAACCGUGCAGGAGUUUACGAACUUACGCAGAGACAAGGUGUCCACACUUCAAGACCUGAAGACCUUUCUCGCCAAUCCCGAGAACAACCCGAAGGGCAUCACUUUCAAGACCCAGGCAGACAGACGUAAGCACAUCAAAGAGAAGAUGAAUCUGAAGAUCGUGAAGCAUCCAUCGACUGGGGUGGAAUGCGUGCCUGUUCAUGACAGGACUAUCAUGCUUUCAGGUCACAGGACAAGUGCCAGCCGCGUGAAGGAGGAAGAGCAUUCUUCAAGGGAAGAGGCAAGAGAGGCGCACGCAAGAGCUCAAAGUUCUGUGCAGGUCCAGCGCAACACGCGGGAAGAUGUUGAACGGGCACUCCAACAAGAUGACGCCCGGAGCGACGCUGGAAAUGGCAGUGGAGACUCAGAUGAUGGAUCUUCAAGUGAUUCCAGUAGCUUUGGCAAGAAACAUGAUGUUAGUGAUGACGAUGCUCCUUGCAAAUCUGGGAGUAAGCGAGCGGCAAAGGGGAAAGCCAAGACCCAGCCAAAGAAGAAGGUCCAAAAAAGUUCAGAUGCCCCGUCAAAGGCUGACAAGGAGGAUAGCCGUUCUGCCACCUCUUUGAUCACCCACCAAAAGACCUUCGACCUGAUUGGUGAGUUGAGCCCAAUGACAAUUUGGAGAAGUGUUGUGCGCUCUGCUGAGUUGGACAGACGGCUGGCCAGAGUCUCCUCAGCCAGGGAGGAGAUCAGCAAGAUGCUGAGUGGCGGCAAGCUCUCAGAGGCUCAGCAGCACCAGGCCAAGGAGUUGGAUUCAAAGAUGGGUGACAAGCUGGAGAUUACAAUUGCCCUCAAGGAAGUUUGUCGCAUCAUCAGGUCAAAGGCUGCAGACGCCUUGGCCAAAGACAUUGCUUCGAACACAGAGCUUGCACCCCAUCUUGGAAAGUGUGCAGCAGGUCUGUUGGAGGACCCUGCGACUUUUUCUGACAUGGUCCAUUGCAUUGCUAAGAAGCUGGUUGAAGUGUCUCAGCUUAAAUUAUUUUGCGCAAGCUACAUGUUCCCACGUUUUAGACGAUUAAGGUUCAAGGCAGAAAGUGCUAGCUUCGAAUUCUUAAAGUUGAUUGUGUUAUUUCGGACUUUGUGUUUGUUUUGGUGGUGGUUGUACGCACUGUUUCUUCCCACUUUGCUUUGA